CACAAGAGCACCCACUCAGACGAAUACAAUGUACAUGGAGCCGUCCAAUUCCAAUUGCAAGUUCAUAAAAUCAACAUUCCGUGUCUGAAUCUCCAUCGCUGUAAAUCACUAUUUCCUUCCCCCAAUUACUCGGGAAUUAUUCUCCGAUGGCGACAUCGAAGAUUCCGUCAGGUGUGGUGUCCGCAUUUGCUCUCAUCUUCGCCAUCGCAUUUCCCGCCGCCGUUCACGGCCAGCCUUUGGCUCCGGCGCCAGCACCUACCAGCGACGGGACAUCAAUCGAUCAAGGGAUAGCAUAUUUGUUGAUGUUGGUAGCUUUGGUGCUCACAUAUGUCAUGCACAGUCUGGAUUCCCCAUUUACAGUUAUCAGCUGAAUGAAGGAAGAAUUUGAUUUAUUAUUAACAUUAUUGUUAUUGUAUGUUAUUAGAGAAGAAGAGGAGAUUAUGACUAGUGAUUUUGUCAACUCAAGUUGUCAAAUCUAUUUGUAGAAAUCAUUUCAAUAAGUAAACAACCAAAAGCUAGAAAGAGAAGAUCAUAAGGAUUGUUUCUUUUUUACUUGAUGAGC